GAUGCUUUGUAACACUUUUUUUAGUUUUGCAAUGCAUAUUUAAAUUUUACAUUCUUAUCGACUGUGAGAGGGUCAGUCACAAUUAUGGAACAGGAUUUUUUAAGAAUUCACAAUUGCGCAACACGGUAAAAAUGUCGGAACUAAGAUCAGAUAGAGCAUCUGUUUUACUAGUCAUGUAUAAUACUUGAACUUCUUCCUUUACGUCACACUACCCUGACUUUCAUUACAAGGUUUUACUUUCCAGUGCUCUUUAUUUCUUUUUUUUUGGUUAUAUGUAGGCCUUUACAUGCAAUAACAUUCCAUUUUUUGGGUCAAAUGUAAAUCUGUUUUCAUCAGCAAUGAUGCAGGAUGGAUCAUUUAAUUGACAAGGGUUAAUCCUUGAAGGUCUAGGAACCGUUUUCUACAUCAGUACCUGAAAUAACAGCUCUUCUUGCCCAGACUCAAAGGGGUUCGUAAAACCAGUUCAGGGUGCCUUUUAUAGAAACCAUAAAGCCAUUGUUUUGUGAUUGUCUUAUGAUGGCUUUUAGCUGUAGGGUCUCUGGAGGCUAUUAUGUCUUAGUGAAAUUCUUUUUACUUGCAUUUCCUUUAAAGCAGCAUUUAUAAUUUCUGGGUCAUGAUGUUUCUUAGAUCCAACAAUCUUUUUAUUGAAGAUAAAGCUGAAGUCAUAUUAUAUCAAUCUGCGUAAUGGAAAUAAUUUUUACGCUAAUGAUAAACAUUAGUCACAUCAUUUGGUAAUAUUUAUAUUGUAGGUUAGGUUUAAAAGACAUGUAAUUGGUAAAAUGGAUGCCAAAUCCUUUCACGUAGGAUACUUUUAAAAGAAAACAACAAAAAUAUUUUAGAAAAAAAAAAAGACAAAGUAAACUUAAAAAAAAAAAAUUAAAAAAAAUAGGUAAAAAUGUAAUCAAUUAAAAAUAAAAUGUACUGUAAAAAAAAUAACUUACAUUUUGGACCACUAGGGUCUAUAUAAUAACUGCCGGACAGAGGACAUGUCCUCUUUUUGCUGGACAUCUGGUUAUCAUAAAUUCUAUGGUACCGGUGUUGGUAAAACCACUUUGAUUAAAAAGAUUCAUGAGAAUCUGGUGAAAGAAGGUUUUCAGUGUAAUGGCUUUUUCACUGAGGAAGUUCGAUCUAAUGGUCACAGAAUAGGAUUUGAUGUUAUCACAACAGAUAAAAACAGAGGGCAGCUGGCCAGAGUGAGUGAUAAUUCCAAUGAUGUUCCAGUUUCAAGACAAACAAAUUUCAAAGUUGGUCAAUACACUGUCAAUAUUUCAUCAUUUGAGUUGACUGCUCUUCCAAGCUUAUAUUAUCCAACUAAAACAAAAGAAGAAAGAAAACUCAUCUAUUUAGUGGAUGAAAUUGGCAAGAUGGAAUUAUUCAGUCAAAGUUUUAUUCAAGCUGUGAAAAAAUUAAUGUCUCAAACAAAUGUGUAUUUAAUUGCUACAAUCCCUGUGCCUAAGGGAAGACCAUUAGCUCUGGUGGAAGAACUCAGGAACAAUCCUUUAUCACAUGUAGUUCAGGUUACUCAUCAAAACCGAAACAGCAUUUUAUCAGAAGUCAUGACCUUGGUCCAUUCAGUAGUUGCUAGCCAAGUAACAUGAUGUGUCUACAGAAUGGAAUGAAUAGUGUGUUUCUCUUGGACUUGUUUUUGUGUAUUAUCAUAAUUAUUGACUUAAGUGCUAAUGAAGUGCAAUGCUUUUAUCAAUACAUUUGUUGAAUAUGAAAUGCUUUUAUGUAUUAAAACAAAUGUAAUAAAGACACAUUUUUUAGAA